AUGGAAAAUGGAAGUGGAAAUUUUCUAGGUAAUCUACCAGUUCUUGAUGGGAAAAAUUAUAACCAUUGGGUUAUAAAGAUCGAAGUCAUUCAUGGAUAUCAAGAAUUGCUAGAGAUUGUGAAAGAUGGUAUCCAAGAGAACGACGAAGCCGCAAAUAAGAAGAAAGAUUGCAAAGCUCAUUGUCUUCUCCGUCAAUGUGUGGAUACGUUAUUGGUGAACUCAAUGAGAGCGUGUGAGGAGGUUGAGAAAAUACUACGUACGUUGUCUCCAAAGUUCGACUACAUCGUGGUGGCAAUAGAGGAGUCCAAGGAUGUAGAAAAUAUGACAGUGGAAGACUUGCAAGGUUCUUUGGAGGCACAUGAAUUGAAACUAUUAUCGCGAAAUGCUGAGAAGGUUGGAGAGGAAGAAACUUUGCAGCAUGGAAAGGGCAAGCCGAAAAGGGAAACUAAGAUUGAAGCUCAUGUGGCUCAAGAUGAAUCAGAUGAAGAGCCUGUAGUGUUAAUGGUCACAAUGAAUGAAGAGGGGUUUGUUGAUGAAAAUUGGUUUCUAGAUACUCGAUGUUCCAAUCAUAUGACUGAACAUAAGAAUUGGAUAUCAAAUCUUGAUACUAGGAAGACUAGCAAGAUUAGGCUUGUAGAUGACAAUACAAUGGAGGCUGCUGAAGUUGGUAAUAUUGUAAUCAAGAAACAAGGUGAGGAGGUUGCUUUUAUUGAAAAUGUGUUGUAUGUUCCUAAGAUGAAAUGUAAUUUGUUGAAUGUUGGUCAGUUAAUAGAAAAAGGUUUUUCAGUAACCAUGGGAGAAGAUAUGUUGAGAGUAUAUGACUCAAAGAAAAGAAUGGUGUUGAAAUCACCAUUGUCAAGAAACAGAACUUUCCAAACAAGAUUACGUCUAGUGGAAAAUCAGUGCCUCUCUACAACGACUGUAGACAAAACCAGUUAG